AUGCCUGCCGCCAACGUUGCCGUCGCCCCUGCGACAUCUGCCGCAUCAACUCCGGCCGCUCGCAAAACCUCAGUUGCGGGUGCACAGCCAGAGAGGAAAUACAAAUGCCAGUUCUGCGCAAGGGCAUUCAGCAGAAGUGAGCACCGGAGUCGACACGAGCGAUCACACACCAAAGAACGUCCCUUCAAAUGUAUGAAGUGUCGUAGCACAUUUGUGCGCCGCGACCUUCUACUACGACACGAUCGCACUGUCCACGCCAAGGAUGGGGGCGUUCCUCUGCACAGCGACGGCAAGCGCCGCGCUGGUCCCAAGGCUCCCCGUGCCGUCGGUGGUCCUUCCAAAGCAUCCAUCGCUCUUGAUAAUGCCACCCUCGAGCAACUCGAGGCCAGCAGCGAUGGCAACUUCGACGUUGAAACAGCUGCCAUGUUGAUCACGGACCUCCAGCACAAGACCGCUAUGCGACACAGUGGAAUCCCUUUCGAGGCCGCUUCAGGAAUGGCAUCCAUGGCUUACUCGCAAAACGACACCCCCAUGAUGGACUCUGCUGUCACCUUCCCGCCGCCUCCGUCCGAGUCCAUGCAUCGAGAUGUUCCGUGGGACGCAUUCUUGCACCAGGAGCCCAAAGCCAACUCCAUUACUUCCUCUGCAUCCUUCAACGACCAGCAGUCCCUUGCUUCUGUGAGUAACGCACGCGCACACCCACACGCACCUGUACACGUCCAGGCCCAGGUCAACCCCAGUCCUCGGUUGCCCUGUUUCCCCAAUGCCAGUCGUACGUGCAACGGUCUUGUUCCUGCUUUGCAGUCCAUGAUCAACUCGCUGCCUACUCCCAUCUCUACUGGUCCUCCUACCGUCUCCGCCUCCACUGCUCCUACUUCACCCCUUUUGAAUCGAAUCAUGGAACCGUUUACUGAUCCGACCAAGGCCGCCAAUUCCAGGACCCCCCAGGUACUCAGUGACGACGAGAGGAAUAUGAUCUUGGACAACAUCAGGGUACAUGACACUGACCGCGCAAUUCCUGACGGCUUCCGAGUCCCGAGUUUGGCUUGCUUAAAUCGCUACCUGUCAACGUACUUCAACCUGUUCCACCAUCACCUGCCGUUCUUGCACCCUGCUUCUUUCAGGCCUACCGAGGUGUCACCAGCGCUUUUGCUCGCCGUUCUGUCUAUCGGUGCGCUCUACGCGUUCGACCAAGAUCAGGCCUAUCUGAUGCACAUCGGGGCCAAGGUCCUUGUCAACCAGUUCCUGCAGAACAAGGAGAACUUCAGCUCUCGCAAGUGUCCCCUCUGGACCAUGCAAAGUUCGUUGCUCAACAUGAUCUUUGCCAGCUGGAGUGGCGACCCCAAGGGUCUUGAAUGGGCCUGCUCGAUCAAGAGUUUGCUUGCCAAUAUGGUUGCUGGCAAUCGAUACGAGCUCAAGCUACGACAUGACUCUCGCGUCGGCGCGCAGCCCACGCGCGCUGAAUGGGUCGAAGACGAAGGUUGCCGCCGUACCUACUACGCCGUUUACAUCUUCUUUGGCUUGCUCACCUUGUCGUACAACCACACACCAGCCAUCAGCUUCAACGAGUUCGAGGACUUGCAACUACCUUCUUCAGAGGGUCUUUGGAACUCCAAGGUGACCGACGAAGAAGCUUGGCAGGACCAGUUGAAGGCGUACCCUGUGCCUACAUUCAUGCACGCUCAUGACAACCUUUUCCAGGGUGAGACGUUGAAGUACAGCGCCUUUGCGACGCGUGUUAUGAUCAAUGCUUUGUUCUUGGAAGUCUGGUACCACAAGCGCAGCCCCGAAGCUCUGCAAGACGUCGUAACCGAGUACAAACUCAGACUCGCUCUCGAGACCUGGGAGAAAUCUCUGGAUCUCUGUGAACCUGAGGCUGACACGGUCCCGCUCAGCGCGCCAUACAAAGGUCACCCUCUUAUCUUCAACGCUCGAGCCAUGUUCCGCAAUGCGCGCGCACGGCUCGAAGUUGAUCUCAAGACGGUUCAAGAGGCACUUCGUUAUCACGAUCCUUACGAGGUAGCCGCUACCAUGUCUGCUGCGCGUGAUCGAGUCAAGCGUUCCGGUGAGAUGCUCAAGGUCAUCCAGGAGUGCUACGAGUGCAUCGAGAUUGCCGUUCGCCAGGGUGUCCGAUGGGUUGCUCGCACGUCGCCAACGAACUGGAGCGUCGAACAUCCACUAUGUGGCAUGGAUCUCAUGAUCGUCCUCACUUUGUGGCUCUACCGUCUGGAACAUGACGAAGAGCCGGCAUCUGAAGAAGAGGGAGCCAUGUACAUGAAGAUUCGCGCUCUGUUCGAGAACGAACCGGACAACCCUCCUACUUCUCAGUUGAGUUCCAUUGUCGCAAACCUUUGGGGUUCGAUACUAUCCGAGGUAGUUGUGUGGGGAAUCACCCGACUCAUGGGAGAGUCCUUCCACCUCCAUGCUCAAGCACUCAUCGGGUACGUGGACGAUGUGGAAGCAUCUUCCAACGUGUCAACGCCUUCGAUGAUAUCCCAAGGCGCCGAUGAGGAAAGCGUGUACUAA